CUCACUCCGCCGGCCGAGUCCGUCCUGUCUUUAUUCCCAGCCAAAGCAUCCAAGCAGUCUUGCUUCCUGCCGACCUGGAAACCCACCUUCUUUAUUCUCCUCUGGUAGAAGAAACAGCACACAACAGUGUCUUGCACCAUUGCACAAAGUUCGCCUUGUCCCAUCUUUCAGGUGCUCUGGUAUCACCUCACGCAUAAGCUCUUCUCUCUGCUAUAGACAGCCCAAGAUACCCUUUGACGAUCAUUCAUCAUGAAGACCGCCAGCAUCCUCAGCACCUUUGCCGCCGUGGCCGCGGCUUCCCACGACUCCUCUACCUUCGCUGUCCUGCGCUUCAAUGGCCAGAAGCCUCUGACUGAGGGCCGCAUGGACCCCAUUGUCAACCCCGGCACUGCCUCGAAGCACUACCACAUGAUCCAGGGUGGUGAUGCCUUCUCUCUCAACGUCGAGGGCGACCAGCUGCUCAAGAACGGCAAGUGCACCACUGCCAAGAUCGCCCGCGACUUCAGCAACUACUGGGUCCCCCAGCUUUUCUUCGCCAAGGACGGCAACUACCAGAAGGUCCCGGUGUUCUACAUGAACGUCUACUACUUCUUCCAGAAGACCCACGACGACUUGGUCGCCUUCCCUCCUGGCCUCAAGAUCCUCGUCGGUGACGCUGACAAGCGCACUCCUCCCGCUGGCUCAGGCGUCCAGCUCAACCCUGACCAGCCUGGCUUCAACAACAUCCAGUUCACUUGCCCUGCCUCGGACUACAACGUCCCCGCCUAUCCUCCGGGAUCAGACGGCAGCACUGCUGGUAUCCAGGACCCCCAGAACAAGGGCGCCGGUGUUGGCUUCCCCACCAAGAAGUGCAACGGUUAUGCUUCGCCUCUCCGCCAGGAUCUCCACUUCCCCUCUUGCUACAACCCCAAGGCUGGCCUCGAUGACUACAAGAACAACAUGGCUUGGCCCAAGGAUGCUGGCAACGGCUACAUGGACUGCCCUGAGGGUUACAUCCACGUGCCCCACCUCUUCUACGAGGUCUACUGGAACACCCCCGAGUUCGAUGACCAGUGGACUGAGGAUGGCAAGACCCAGCCCUUUGUCUUCUCCAACGGUGACACAACUGGCUUCAGCUCCCACGCCGAUUUCGUCUCCGGCUGGGACACCAACACCCUCCAGGCCAUCAUCGACACUUGCGACGCUGGCACGCGCGGCAUGGACACUUGCCCUCAGAUUCCCGGCGGCCUCAGCACCGACAACAGCUGCAACAUUGCGCCUCAGAUUGUCGAGCCGGUCAACUACCUCACUUCCUCCCUGUUCCAGAAGUUCAGCGCCCUUCCCAACAACCUCUCACUUUCUGGCUGGUCCUUUGGCGCCGGCUCCUCAGCGUCGCGCCGCCCAGCACGGCCACAUUGCCCGCCACAAGCACAACGGCUUUGCCGCUCGCCGCUAAAUGGCUGAUGUGCCCGCACUGGCCCAGACGGUCUCAAUGGCCCGCCUUCUUUUGAGGCCAUAGGAUCCGUCGAGGGUUGCCAAUCUUACCAUUCUUGUACACAUACUUUUUAGACAAAGGGGUUCUGUUCACAAUUAGGGAAGGGGGCGUCUUCACAUUUGGGAGGCCA